AUGGCUUCGAUCCUGGACCAGAUCCCUCUACCCACCGUGGACCGCCCCUUCGGCAUCCAUCUAUGGCCCAUCUUUGACAAGGCUUGGACCGCCGUCGUCGGCUAUCCAGUCGAUGAGUUCAAGUUUGUGCCUUUUGAGACGCCCAUGUCGACCCUCAAGUCGACCUCCAUCUUCAUUGUCGUCUACUAUGCCAUCAUCUUCGGUGGCCGCGCUCUCAUGCGCGACCGCGAGCCCUUCAAGCUCAAGACGCUCUUCCUCAUCCACAACUUUUACCUCACCGCCAUCAGCGGCAUCCUCCUGGCUCUCUUUAUUGAGCAGCUUGUCCCCACGCUUGUUCGCGGCGGCGUCUUCCACGCCAUCUGCGACCACUCUGGCGGCUGGACCCAGCCUCUAGUCGUUCUCUACUACUUGAACUAUCUCACCAAGUAUCUUGAGCUCCUCGACACUGUCUUCCUCUUUCUCAAGAAGAAGCCCCUUACCUUCCUCCAUUGCUACCACCAUGGCGCCACUGCUCUUCUUUGCUACACCCAGCUUAUUGGGUCGACAGCCGUUUCAUGGGUCCCCAUCACGCUCAACCUGACUGUGCACGUCGUUAUGUACUGGUACUACUUCCAGAGCGCCCGCGGCAUCCGUAUUUGGUGGAAGGAGUGGGUGACGCGUCUCCAGAUCAUUCAGUUCGUUAUUGAUCUCGGAUUUGUCUACUUUGCCUCAUACACGUACUUUUCCUCGACGUACUUUCCCUCGCUGCCCAACGCUGGCAGCUGCGCGGGCGAGGAGUUUGCCGCUUUCGCCGGUAUCGGCAUCCUGUCGUCGUACCUGGUGCUCUUCAUCUCUUUUUACUUUGCCACAUACAAGAAGGGCAGCAAGCAGACGACGCGCAAGUCGCUGCGUCGCAUGUCGCAGGCUCCUCUACCCGACCCUCUAGCCGUCGCGGCUGCGACCAACGGCCACGCCAAUGGCAAGAUCAACGGCGCCACAACCUCUGGUGUCAAGACCAACGGGACGACUACCCGCUCUCGCAAGGCUUAG